AUGUCCGACUCGAAGAACCUUGGUACUGUGCUGGUCGUUGGCGGCUGCGGCUUCCUCGGUGCCAACGUUGUGGACCAGCUCCUCAACUUUCCAUCAGAAGACAGUCACUCCGCCGCCGUCACAGCGAAUAACCCCACCUCGCUAGAACAUUACACCCCCGAGUCACUCGUUGUACACGCCGAUACCAUCUUUCCCUCACUUCGCGCUCGCUACCCUUCUUGGUCAAAGUCCAUGCAAGUCCAUGCCCUCGAUCUACGAUGCACACACAACCGCUAUGCAGGCUGUACGUAUCAUGAGGCGGAUAUCACAGAUUCAGCGGCACUCGCCAGGGUGCUGAAGACGGUGCAGCCGGAAGUCAUCAUCAACACCGCCUCGCCGGCCUGGAACGCACCCGAUCCCAUCCUGCGCAAGGUCAAUAUCGAGGGCACCAAGAUGCUCCUAAAAGCCGCGCAGGAUGCCGGCGUCAGAUGCUUCGUGCACACCAGUUCCAGCUCUGUGGUGCAUGACACACAGUCCGAUCUUCUCAAUGCCAACGAAAACUACCCCUACGCCUACCCCAACCCGAACGAAUACUACUCCGAAACGAAAGUGGUGGCAGAAAAGGCGGCUCUGGAGGCCAACGGCGAGGCUGGCAUGCUCACGUGCGCCGUACGGCCCGCGGGAAUCAUUGGCGAGGGCGACCGAGCUGGCUUUGCCUACGCCGUGACACACACAGGCAGCGCUGCACCGGAUUGGCAGCUCAACAUGCAGCUGGGCGACGGCGAGGGCUUGUUCGAUGUGACUUACGUAGGUAACGUGGCGCUUGGGCUGCUGUGCGCUGCCGAAGCGUUGGUAAAGACGUGGGAAAGGCGCAACACGGACGGCAAGACGGACGUGCUGGAUUUUGAGAGAGUGGACGGCGAGGCGUUCAAUGUGACGAACGAGGCUCCGGCGUAUUUCUGGGACUCAUCGCGGUACAUCUGGGCCAAAUAUGGAAGGAAUGUACGGGGCAGCGAGCAGGUGUGGGCACUGCCCAGGGAGUUGGCCGUCUUUGCGGGCUACGCGGCCGAGUGGGUGAAUUGGGCUCUGGGGCGACCUACGAGAUUCACGGCCAAGGCCGCAAGAUAUGCUUGCAUGAGCCGAUAUUACAGCUGUGAGAAGCUAAAGCGCCGGACGGGCUAUCGACCUGUUGUGGGUGUGGACGAGGGCUUGGAGAGGACGGUCAAGUGGUUCAAGGAGGUCGUCGAGGGAAGCGAAAAGAAGAAGGAAAAUUGA